GUAAAGGAUCAUACUUCAAACAUAAUAAUCACUCACAAGUAAUAAUAAUCUGAAGAUGUCCUCCUCUGGAACGAUUGAUAGUUUCAAUCAAGUUCUCACCAAAGAACCACCAACACCAGCUGAAUUUGCCUCGACAUUUCCUCUUCAUCAAGAUGUAAUGUCAGGACAAAAGUGCUCCGCUUACACCGACACAAUGGGAACUUGCACAAUCUGUUCCAUAUUCGCCCCACACAGUCAAUUAUUCAUUUGUCGUCACGAAGGCUGCAAAUAUGCGCUCAAACAAAGUUCUUCAAUUAUGACGCCGGCAAUGUUCUAUCGAAAAGAGAAAGUUAUUUGUGGAAAGUGUGCUUUUGUCGGACCACACAAAAUGCACAAAGAUUUCGUGUCAAAAGCGCAAAAACUGGCGUUUAAAAUCGCUUCACAAGAGAUUGGAGUCAGAUUGCAAAUGGAAUUCGAUGUUCUAUCCGAACUACAUGAAGAUAAUCCUGUUGAUUAUGCCAUUAUUCUUUCUGGUCACGAAAAAUUGGAAAAAAUUGAUGUGAUUAAAUACUUGUCACAGUCAAAAACGAUUGUGGAAUGGAAUUUGCGUCAACGGCAACUCAACGAGGCUAUCCAAUUUAUUAAAUUUAAUCGUAUUGAAGGCUACCAUCGCGUCAAAGAGCUGGCUAACAAGAUGCUUGAUGCAUUUUAUGAUGCUAAUGCGACAAUUGAGAGAGACUCAGAAAAUGGUUCUCCGCAGAGCGAUGAUGAUCACUUAUCAGAUGUUUCGCAUGAAUGUCAAGGAUCUUCUCGGUCGUCUAUUUCAUCAAAAAAAUCCAGUAUUCAUUCUACAUCAACUACUGGCACAGUUAUCCUGAAUCAGAAUCCAGACAACGCCCUUUCAUGCAGCGAAGUCUCCGGAGGCGAUGAAUUGAAAAAUAAGAGCAGCACUAAUGAAGGUUACACCGAGAGCAUGACCGAAACUGUUAUCACCAUAUCACGCCGUUUUGAAAUGUGUAUUCGUCGGGAAUCACCAGAGGAUGCAGUUUCUCGUAUUGCAGAUUAUCUUGAUGAUAGAAUCGAAUCUAACGAUCAAAAAAAGGCAAUUGCCGAGUACAUGGAGAGAAAUUACUCGAUCAAGUGGCCGCGCCAGUUUCAAUGAAUUCAAUUUUACCGAACAAAUGAGCACAUAUUAAGGAAAUUCUUACAUUCUACGCCGAAUUCUACUAUAACAUACUUCUUUUAUUUCUCACCUUUUUCAAUGCCAAAACGAAAAUUUUUUUCGCAUGUUUCAACUCGUUCAAAAUCAAAAAUUUGAAAAUAAACUAUUAGAGCCUG